AUAUUAUAGAAAAAGAAGAAGAAUAUCUAUCCACGUCCAGUUAUAUUACAAUUUUGGUUCAAAUAAUUUUUAUUGAAUUCAAAAUUUGAUAUAAUCCAUACAGAAUGGAUAUCGAGCAAACAGUAAUAAAGGACGAAAUUGAAAUUCACAAUGACUUUAUUUGGAAUACGAAUUUUAAACAAGAAUUAUGUGAUGAAAAGCCUUGUGCCGAUUUUCAAAAUGAAAAUACAAGUAGUAUGCAUCCUAUUAAACAAGAAAUAAGUAACGAUCUAAGCACAGAUCAAGAAUUUGAUAAACCCAAACUUCCAAAAAAAUUUGAAUAUUUCAGAAUAAAAACUGGAAAGCGAAUUAAAUCACAAGUAUUGCUAGAAAAUGGAAAACAUCUGAAUCUAAAUACAAUUGGUGGGAUUAUAAUCUGUGAGUUUUGUGGUAAUUUGCACACAAAACAAAUUGAAUUCAUUUGGCACUUUUCUACAAGUCAUUGGGUAAAACAAAAAUUUUAUCAGAAAAAUAACUGUUUUCAAAGAAGGGCAACAACAGACACUGAUGUUGACAUAAAUCUUGACGAGAAUGUAAAAAAUGAAAUAAUUGGAGAUGGUUGGAAAAGGGAAGAAGAUAUUAGAUUUGCUGAUAAUAUUAUGUUAAGUUCAAAUGAAGGUCAGAAAUUGGAAAAAAGUGGUAUAAAUGGAUAUUUGUCUGCUAGCAACGAAAGAAAGCUAUUCAAAUGUGACAUUUGUUUAAAAGCUUUUUUACAGAAAAUUGUUUUGAAGAGACAUUUGUGUAAUCAUACAGGAGAAAAACCUUUUAAAUAUGAAAUUUAUUUAAGAGCCUUUUCACAGACAAAUAAUUUGAAGACUUAUUUGUUUAGGCAUAUAGCACCAAAGCCAUUCAAGUGCGAAUUUUGUUUAAAAACAUUUUCACACAAGUAUAAGUUGAAAAUACAUUCGCGUAUACAUACCGGGAUAAAAAAAUUUAAAUGUGAAAUUUGUUUGAAAACUUUUUUGCAGAAAAGUAAUUUGCAAUCACAUUUACUCAUGCACACAGGGGAAAAGCCAUUCAAGUGUGAAAUUUGUUUUAAAUAUUUUUCAAGGAAAAGUCAUUUAAAAGAUCAUUCGCGUAAACAUACAGGGGAAAAGAAUUUCAAAUGUGAGAUUUGUUCAAAAACUUUUUCAUAUAAAAUUAGUUUAAAUUCACAUAUGCAUAAUCACACAGGUGAAAAACCAUACAAAUGUGACAUUUGUUUGAAAACCUUUUUACAGAAAUGCAAUAUGAAACAACAUUUGCUGCUUCAUACAGGAGAAAAGCCGUAUAAAUGUGACGUUUGCUCCAAAACUUUUUCACAGAAAUGCAGUAUGAAAAGACAUUUGCUGCUUCAUUCAGUAGAAAAGCCAUAUAAAUGUGACGUUUGCUCAAAGACUUUUCCACACAAAUAUAAUAUGAAACAACAUUUGCUGCUUCAUACUGGAGAAAAGCCAUACAAAUGUGAGAUUUGUUUAAAAACUUUCUCAUAUAAAAUUAGUUUAAAUACACAUUUGCUUACACACACAGGAGAAAAGUCAUUCAAGUGCGAAAUUUGUUUAAAAGCUUUCUCAACAAAAAGUAAUUUAAAUACACAUUUGCAUAGUCAUACAGGAGAAAAACCUUUUAAUUGUGAAAUUUGCUUAAAAACUUUUUCGAAGAAAAGUCAUUUGAGUAUACAUUCUCGUAUACAUACAGGGGAAAAUAAAUUUAAAUGUGAGAUUUGCUUAAAAACAUUUUUGCAGAAAAUUAAUUUGAAAUCACACUUGUUUAAGCACACAGGAGAAAAGCCAUACAAAUGUGAUAUUUGUUCAAAGACUUUUUCACAUAAAACUAGUUUGAGUUCGCAUAUGCGUAAUCACACAGGUGAAAAACCAUACAAAUGUGACAUUUGUUCGAAAACGUUUUCACAGAAAUGCAAUAUGAAACAGCAUUUGCUGCUUCAUACAGGAGAAAAGCCAUUCAAAUGCAACGUUUGCUCGAAAACCUUUGCACAGAAAUCUAACUUGAAUACACAUUCACGUAGUCACACAGGUGAAAAAACAUGAAACGUGGAUCAAACAUGCAUAGAAAUGUUUAAAUCAUGUACAUAUCAGGGUAUUACUUUACUAAAAUUACUUGUAAGCUCAACAUUUUAGGUUCUGUUCUAAAUGAGUCCAAUAAGCUUCUUACAAAUAUUUUCAGAGUUAUAAAUUUUUCAUUUUUUUAAUCGUUCGAGUGCACUUUUCAAAAUGCAUUCUCCCCUGCACAAAUUGUAUUUUUUAUUUCUAAGGCUGUCCGGAAUCGAAUGUUGCAUCUUGAUUUGUCUUAAUUUUUGUGCUUAUUUCCUCGACUACAUUUACAAUUACUUCAGCAGGAAUAGACAUGCAUGUAUUUGAUUGGUUGAAUUAAAUACAUGAACCGCUAACCCUCUGUAGGGCAGGAUAUCCAAUUUUAAAGAUAAGCAGUGACAGUUGGAGUUGGAGAUGAUUAAAAAUAAACUAAGAAAUUAAAUAUUAACGAAUUCUAAGUUUAAUUCAUAGGGGAAAGUAUCUGAUUAUCGAAUAACUUUUGGUUUUUAUGUCACUCAGUAGGUUUUAUGUUUUUUUACAUUCAAAGAGUCAAAAGAUAUACUUUCUUAUGUUGUUCUCAAAAUCUGAGACUUUAAGUAUGAUAAAACUAAAGUUAGCACUUUCCCAUAGGGAAAUAAGGGCUAGAAACGACAUUAAAAGUAUUUAAUUAUGAAACAUAAUGUUAUAAACAACAGUAUAAAAGUACAAACAAAUAGUAAACUGUCAUAAAUUAACACGAAUCUUUUUUUGGCGUAUUAGAUCGUACAAAAUUGUCUUUUGGUUGAUUUUUAAAUAGUCUACUUCAGGUUGCAGAAGUCACACGUGCUUGCCAUAACUCGUCUUCUUUCUAGAUAGACCCUUUCUUUGAAAUAUCUCUUGCUCAUUUUUGUCAAGGAACUUCUUCGACUUCUUGAUUUGGUUUUCCAAAUUUUUCUUAUAUAGCGAGCUAGUGACAACUGCGGCUUUACCAGCAGGGCGACCACGCUUGGGAUUCGACGAUUUUUCUGAAAGCUUUGGCAAAGGCUUGAGAAUGAAAGGUGAAACAACUGUCUUUAAAGAGUUUUAGGAGACGUGGCUGAGGAUGUGGUGCUGAAGAAAUCGAAGUUACGAGGCUAUAAGCUACUGUGAUAAAUGUUUGGUUUUCUAGAUCCGUAGACAUCUCCAUGGAUGUGGUCUCGAUUUCAUUUCAAGUCGGAGUUUUGAAAUCUGUUCCUAUCGGUAUGAUACCACAAUUUUUAAACCCACUCGUGGCAAUUUGCAGUGUUGCAGCCUUGGCAUAGGCUUUGUCAAUUAGUUCUCCGAUUUGGUAGGAGGUUAAAGCUCUGAAUGGGUUGUUAAAAAGACGUUUGGACUUUGCCACGUCCAUUGGCUGGAGUUUGUACGAUGUGUGGGCAGGCAGACAAUUAUAACUCCAUUUUCUCUAGUUUUCAAUGGGAUCCUCUGGGGUCGGUUUGACGUAGUCUGUAAAAUGCUGCAGCCAGUCAGUGAAAAUAUGAUUUUGAAUCCAUCCAGAUUUGUGGCAUCUUGCAAUGGUUCCUGGCGGCGUUCCAUCGUAAAGUUUAGGCUUCAUAUUUUGUCUAGGAAAUACUAUUAAGUGGAGGAAUACAUAUCUCUGAAAGGCUCAUAACGUAUCAACCUGUUUUUUGCUUCUAGCGACAUUAAUUCCUGUUUUGUCGACAUUGAAUACUUUAUGUGGUCUCAUUUGAAUUUUUCUCAGUUCAAGCUCUAACAAAUCAUAGAAACGAGUACCGUUUACCUUAGAAAACCCCUUGGCUCUUACUAAAGCUAUAGAUUGAGGUUUCCCAAUGGAUAGAGUUAGAUGUCUAUUCAAAAAAUUAUGUAUCCAUUUUUUCCCAGCUCCACCUUUGGUUAGUGUAAACGGGUUAUUAUUUACAGAAAGCUGGAAGGCCAACGUCCCAUUUCUUUAUCUUUCUUUCCAUGUUUGGCAUCAGAAAAUAGUACGAAAAAUCAGGUAAGGUUAGGGCGAAAUGAACAUGGUACAACCUCAAAAAUGCCAACCAGAAACUAACAAUCUUUCUCUAAAUAUAACAUAUUAUCAAAACCAUUACGUUUGGUGGUGAUAGCAUCCAAAACAGAUAGGGAGGUUUGGGAGAAACACUUUUUUUUUUGUUAAUUUACAAGUCACUAAAAUUAUUUACAAAAAUGCACCUAAAUUAAGAAAAAAAUGAAAAGGGUACCAAACAUCCACCCCCUCCCAACAAUAAAACCCCAUUUCCGUGACCAUCUAUCGAUACAGGGUGUUUUUUGUAACUUUAAACUUUUACGAGCCACAAAUAUUUCUGGUUGAAACCGAGGUUCGAAGUAUUUUCACGAAAAUGUAUCAAAUUUCUAGAACAUACUUGAACAAAUUACCGUAAAAAUAUCUAGUGACCUUAAAAUAACCUGAUGAGUGAUUAUUAUUUAAUUAUGAAUGAGUUUCAAGGUCUUAGGGGUGUACAUUGCAUUAAACGAAAAAAAUCGAUUAAAAAUCCCGAAACAAUCACAUGUUUAUAACUCAUAGAUUAAUCGCAAAUUAACAAUAAGGUUUAGCCAAUCAAAGCUUGUGGUAGACAGAGCCGAAAAAGUAUUUAGCUGCUGCCGCAUUUUUGAAUUUACUUUUGUUUCUACAACGAAGGUUUUCCGGCGCAUAUUAUUAUCGAUCGUUGAUUUUUUUGGCGUGUUUAGAGGUUAAAAUGCUUCUUAUUUAUUUUAAUUGCGUAGUCGCCGGAAAAACCUUCGAGUACGUUGUAGAAACAAAUACAAACUUUCUCAAAAUUCUCAUAACUACAAAAGCAAUAGAAACACAUCGGCUACUGCACUAUGGGAUGUCGGAAGCGAGGGCUACAAGUUCACAUGAUCGCCGCUGGGCUGCAGCACCUACUAGAGCCAGAACCUAAGGUAUCCGAAUUUAGGCGCCCGUCCGAUAAUCGGCUACUUACCCCAAUUCAUUGUUAAUUUUCUGCAUGAACUACAACUACAAUUUCAUACUAUUAUCAUCCAUGGUGCGAUUUUAAUCGACUUUUUGCGGAUUUUUCCAAAAUCUAAUACAGCUUUGAUUUAUAUUGAGUAAUAUUUAUGUGACGCUAUUUGUGUCUUUUUGUAAAUAUACCGGAUUCCAGUCGAUUUCUCUCAUAGUAGUUGACAAUCGAUUAUUAUCAAUAAAUUUUUUAUACGUA